AUGGGGACAGGUCCUCAUCUGAAGGAGAGUCAGAAAGACUUCCUUGAAGAAGCAAAGCUUAAAAGUACAUGGACGGGGGUGGCCAUGAGGUCCUGCCCUGAAGAGCACUACUGGGAUCACCUGUUGAUCACCUGUGUUUCCUGCAAACCCAUCUGCAGCCGCCGGAGCCAGCGCAUCUGUGCAGCCUUCUGUAAGUCAUUCGGUUGCCACAAGGAGCCAGGCAAAUACUAUGACCAUCUCCUAAAUGAUUGCAUAAGCUGUGCUUCCAUCUGUGGACAACAUCCCAAGCAAUGUGCGUACUUCUGUGAGAACAAGCUCAAGGGACGAAGUCAAGUGAACCUCUCUCCAGAGCUCCAGAGGCAGAGGACUGGGGAGGCUGGAGCCAAGCCGAACAACUCGGGAAGGUACCAGGGACCAGAGCCCAGAGGCUUGGAGGCAGGUUCAACUCCCCAAGGACUGAAGCUCAGUGGAAGCCAGUUGGCACUAGUCUACACCGCGCUAGGGCUCUGCUUGUGUGCUGCCAUCUGCUGCUUCCUUGUGGCUGUGGCCUGCUUCCUCAAGAGGAGGGGGCGUCAGUGCUCCUGCCAGCUGCCCCCAGAACCUCAAGCCGAACCCCUCCAGGAUCACUUGAUGGAAGCUGGAAGUGUUGGGGGCAGGAUGCCGGAUCCAGUGGAAAUGUGCAGCUUUUGCUUCCCAGAGCAGAGGACGCCCAGUGAGGAGAGCUCUGGGGGCUUUAGGGGGCAGGGCCUGGCCCACACACAGAGUUGCCGGCUCCUACCUGGGACCUCCUCUAUGCAGCCUUCCUCCAGUGCCGAGGACAGGGAGGACAGUGGCCUCAAGAUCAUAUGUGCGCCUUCCCAGGAAAGGGGUCUUACCACCUAG